CAUAAAUGAAAUCUAAAGUUGAAUCUCAAUAAGAAGAAUCAAAUACAGAUAACGACUUUUCUGAAAUGUCUGAUACAUAAGUAAGAAGAAGAGGUCCUCCUAAAAAACCAAUAACUAAAAAUAAAUUACCUAAUCUAGAAAGAAAUGUCCCCAUUAUUAUUAAGAAUAAUAAUUUUGUCAUAAGAACUAUUUGGACAAUUGUUAUGAUUCUGGGUUUUAUGGCUGUUUUAUGGGCAGGCCACAUCUAUAUUAUUGGAUUGGUACUUUUAGUUAACAUUGGAAUAUUUAAAGAAAUCUUGGGAUUAAAAAGAAAUUAUGAGAAAGAGGUUAAUGUAAAAUAUUCACCAAUAAUUAAUUGGUACUUUUUUGGGAUUGCCACAUUCUUUUGUUAUGGAAAAUUAUUACAAUCUAAAUUAUCAGAAUAUGCAUUUAGAAUGCAUAUUUUGUCAUAUAUUUUGAAUUACCAUAAUAUUAUAACAUUUAUGUUGUGGGUAGCAGGUUUUUUGAUGUUCACACUUUCACUUAAAAAAGGAUAUUAUCGAUAUUAAUUUAGAAUGUUUGGAUGGACACAUAUUACAUUAAUACUUGUAGUUGCAUAAAGUUCAGUCAUGAUCAUGAAUAUUUUUGAAGGUAUCUAUAAUUAUUAUUAAUUUAAUAGGAAUUGUUUGGUUUAUAUUACCAUGUUCAUUAGUAAUAACAAAUGAUAUAUUUGCAUAUAUAUUUGGAGUUUCAUUUGGAAAAACUCCACUUAUAGAACUAUCUCCAAAGAAAACAUGGGAAGGCUUUAUAGGAGGUUGUUUCUCAACAUUAAUUGCUUCUUUUUGUGUAAUUUGUAUUUAAUUAUCAUAGUUUGCAUAUUUUCUUUAAGGAAGUCAAUAUUUGACAUGUCCAUAGCAUUAACUACCUUUUUCUCCAUUUGCUUCAUUAACAUGUGAAAUCCCUAGUGUUUUCAUCACUAGUUAAAGAUAAUUACCAUUUUCUAUAUUAGGAAUAGAUUUAAUCUAUUUUAGCGAUUUCUAAAUUCAUGCUAUGGUUUUUAGUUUAUUUACAAGUCUUGUUUCACCAUUUGGUGGUUUCUUUGCAUCUGGAUUUAAGAGAGGAAUAAAAAUCAAGGAUUUUGGUGAUACAAUUCCAGGACAUGGGGGAAUUACUGAUAGAAUGGAUUGUUAAAUUUUAACAGGAAUGUUUUCUUACUUAUAUUUACACUAAAUUGUUUUACCCAAAGCGGUGACAUUAGGCACAGUAUUAGGUUAUGUUUCUUAACUAUCUAAUUAUGAUCAAUAAGAAUUAUUUGAACAACUUAAAUAAACAUUGUAAAUUGAUUAAUGA